UUCAACUUCCUGUUUAUUGCAGAAAAUGAAAGAUUUUAGUCCAGAACAACAUGACCAUCCAGAAAAUCCUCCUUCUGGUGAGGAAAGUACUAGUGAAAAUGUGGAUUACAGGGAGAUUUUUGCAGAAACAACUCAAUUUAGUCACUAUGAUAAGGAAUGCAAUAAGUGGACAGAACCCAUCAUAGGAGUUCUUAGAAUCCUGGAAGAUCUUGGUCCAUAUUGGGUCAAUGUCAGACAGUAUAAGGACAACACUGUUUGUGCUGACCAUCUAAUUAAGUCUGGGAUGAAACUACUACCAAAAGAUUCCAAACAGCGAUCAUUCACUUACUGGACAAAGAUCAAGGAGACUGAUCUAAAAGAGGAAUGUUUGCAAGUCAAGUUUGAAAACAAAGAAAAAGCUUAACAG